GGGGUGUUCAUGAGACUUAUAUAAUUCAUGUUUUCAUUGAGAUCCUCCGAUGGAAGGUGCUGGAGAAAAGCAAAGUAUUAUUAUGAAUACCUUGGCAAAAGCAUUAUAUGACAACAAGGCUGAGUGUUCAGAUGAGCUAGCCUUCCGCAAAGGAGACAUCCUAACAGUUCUUGAACAGAAUGUCUUAGAGAGUGAAGGAUGGUGGAAAUGUUCCCUCCAUGGAAGACAAGGCCUAGCUCCUGCUAAUCGCCUCCAACUCCUUGCUGGUUCCCAGGCAGGCAUGUUGUCUCCCUCCUCGGAGCAUGAUUCCCAGGAAUUGCCCAUCUGUCAACAAAAUAUCUACCAGGUCCCAUCAGCUCCCAAGUCUUCCUCAUUGUCCCCUACGUAUGAACGGAUGGACAGUUGGAUUAAGCCACUUCCUUCUUCUGUUUCUUCUCCACCUACUCAAGAAAUAUAUCAGGUGCCAGCUUUAGCUGCACAAUUAUUCAGUGAAAAGACCCAACGCCUAACCAAUCAGCACCGGUUUACUCUUCCCACAGCAUCUCAGGCCUCCAUACCAUAUAUAAAAAAUGAGGCUUAUGAUGUUCCAUCACCACAACACCGGGUGGCCUUAUUCACUCAGAGGUGUGCCACUCCACCCACAGCCAGAAAGGGCUCUAUGCCGAUCCUCUCCAAAGAAUAUAUCCAGGAAGAGCAGCAACAGCUUUAUGACAUCCCAUCCAGCUCGGAAAAGGCAGAAAUCUAUGUCCAGCAAGACUCUCCAGGGGGCAGUGUGUAUGAUGUCCCCCCCACAACUGCAAGAGACCAUGACAUUUCACUACAAAAUUUGUCUCAAAUAAAAUGUUUGGGUCAUUAUACUACCUUGCCAAAUCCUCGGAAGUCAGAAUGGAUUUAUGAUAUUCCGGUAUCACCUGAAAAAAUGGGUUUAAAAAAAGAUCCUUCCGAUCGUUCCCUGGAAAAGCAGGUGCUGUAUGACAUACCGCCAGCCAGAUAUGGUUCUAGUUUGCAAAAUGUUCCAUCAACAAAUAUCAAAAGCAAAUCAGUGAAUCCACAAAUGUAUGAUGUCCCACCAACACAGAGAAAAUUAACCUUUCCUGAUAUCCCUCGUUAUAAUGAACCAUCCUCAUGUGACAUGCAACUUUUGCAGAAAAACAGUAACUAUCAUGUUCCACCAAGCUUUCUGACUCCAAGGGUUGAGCAACAGAACUCUGAACCAAAUGUUUAUGAUACUCCAAAAGUGCUGCCUACUGCUUUACAGCACAGGAAAGGGACUGAAAAAAACAACAGUAGUUUUGGAAACCAUACUUACAACAUUCCUCCACAGCUGUCAAAAGAUUCCAAAUUAGACCAAGACAGGUUAUCAGUUUCCAGUGUGGACAGUAGAACCAGUACCCUAUCUACAUUAUCAAGCACUUCUGCGGAGUCCUCUUCUAUGUCAUCAUCAGAAGAACCUGCAAAAGAAAUUGAAUUGGCGCUUGACUUAGCCAUAGAAGCAUUGACCAAGCUGCAGCACAGUGUAUCCAGUUCAGUUGCAAGUCUGAUGAUUUUUGUAAGCAGUAAGUGGAGAUUCCGGGAACACCUGGAGACAAACCUUGAGGAAAUCCAUAGAGCAAUUGAUCACAUAAAAGUAUCUUUGGGAGAAUUCUUGGACUUUGCUCAAGCCAUCAAGGUGAAUGCCUCUUGCGUCACUGACAAUAACCUUCAAACCAGAAUUAAAACACAACUGAAAAUUCUUACAGACUCAUUCCAGAUCUUGGUAGAAACAAGGGAAGCACUGAAUAACUGCAACUGGUCACUGGAAGUUCUGGUCAUUAAGAAACCUCAGAAUAACCCAGAUGACCUUGAUCGGUUUGUUAUGGUAGCCCGCACAAUUCCAGAUGAUAUCAAGAGAUUUGUAUCUAUCAUCAUAGCUAAUGGAAAGCUUCUCUUCAAAAAGAAUUGCAAGGAACAAGAGACCAAGACACCAAAAAUUGGUACAGAUCAUAAAAUGGCAAAGCCGAUCCCAAUACCCAGAAGAAGAGAACCUGAUUCACUUCAAAGAAAUACUUUGGAUAAACCAAACAAAAACAAAGUGUCUUCUGAGAAAUCAAGAGAAAAUGUCACUGAAGACUGUGAUUAUGUUCAGUUACAGAAGUCUCCUGGGUUGGAACAGGCACAAAAAAGCCUUUCAGCUAAAGAGGUGGCAAAGAAGAAUGCAGAUUUAAAAACAAAGGUUUUCCCACCUUCAAAAAAGCAUAAUAUUCAGAACAACCUGGACUUGGCAAAGAAAAUCACUCUCUCAGAAACCUGUAGACUGUAUUUUGGUGGCCUUCACAAGGCCAUUAGGGUAUUUACCAGUAGUCUUAGCAAUAAUCAACCGCCUGAAGUCUUCAUAGCACAGAGCAAACUGAUCAUUAUGGUGGGACAAAAGUUGGUAGAUUCUCUCUGUCAGGAAACUCAAGAAAAGGAUAUUCGGAAUGACAUCCUCUGCAGCAGCAGCCAGUUUUGUAGCCUGCUGAAGAACUUGGCUGUUGCCACCAAAAAUGCGGCAGUGCAGUAUCCAAAUACAGGUGCCGUGCAGGAACUUCAAAAUCAAGCUGAUGAGCUGUCUAAAUACACUCAGCAGUUUAGAGCAAUGAUGGAAUGAAGAAGUUUUUCCAUUCUUAGAAUAGAAUCCUGGUGAAAACUUUAGGAUCUCCCCCUAUUUCUGGGUUUUAACCCCUCAACUAUGGUAUCCUGAGAGCCGAGGAAGGCAGGACUCCACAAAGAACCCAAAUGCCAGUCUUAAAUCAGCCAUACCCUGUAGGGGUUGCUGUUGGGCAAUGAAAGGUGUACUAAGGCCCUGAGAGCAGGAGAGACUAGGAACGUUACACAGGCUGCGGCAGCAAGCCUCGGCGUCCCAGUCUGGGUUGACAGAUUUGGGUUAGUGGGGCAUGCUCUGGUGCUCUAAAAACAGAUGUAUAGAUAGCGCUUUGAAGUGACAGUGAAACUCAACCCCUCCUAGGCUUCAGAGCUUGUGCUCCAGCCCAAGCUGCAAUUUCAAAGCGCUGUCUAUACACCUAUUUUUAGAGUGCUAGUGAAAGCCGUCUAUCACCCUAGGCUAGGAGGCUGACUCCCACGGGCUGUGUAGAAAUACCCACUAUGACCAGGAAUAGAAUUUGUACUUUCCACACAACAGUUUAGAGCACUGUCUGGAAAAUACUGAGUCAACCCUUCCAAUCAAUCCUCUGAGUGGCUUGGCAAAAAUUGCCAUAGAGCAUUGUUAUACAAUUAUUUUAUUAUUUGUCUGAUUUCUUAUCUUUCCAAACAAAGCAGUUAAAUAUAUUUUUCUAUUCUUUUUCACUUGGAAAUGUAAGUGUUUUACUGGUUUUCCUGAUAGACCAAGAUUUAAACUGUGAUACAUUUUUAUAUGAAGCCAUCAUCAUUCUCCCUUUUCCAGGGGAUUGUUUACCGUAUUUGUUUUAAUCUACGGAUAUUUUUAAUAAAAUGUCAUUUACAGAUC